AUGAGUCUAACGCGGGAGAUUUUCUUCGUCGCCAUUUGCGCAGUGUCCCAUCUCAUGACCCAGGCGUCUUUGGGCCUGGCACUUGCCCCUCUCGACAUCAUUGCAAAAGACUUUGGCACCACAAAUGCCGGAGAACAGUCCUGGUUCAUUGCCGGUUACAGUUUGACUGUUGGCACCUUUAUCAUGAUUUCCGGACGGCUAGGAGAUAUCCUCGGACACAAGCGUGUCUUUGCUUUUGGAUAUGCAUGGUUCGGUGUAUGGAGCUGUUUCGCUGGUUUCAGCGCCUACCCGAAACACCAGAUCUUUUUCGACGUCUGCCGUGCUAUGCAAGGAAUCGGUCCCGCGCUUCUCAUGCCGAAUGCCCUCGCGCUCUUCGGCCGCGCAUACUCCCCAGGAAUCCGCAAGAACAUCGUCUUCAGCUUUUUCGGUGCGGCUGCUCCAGCUGGCUUUGUUAUCGGUGCUACCUCCGGUAGCUUCUUCGGGCAAGUUGCAUGGUGGCCAUGGGCGUUCUGGAGCUUUGGUAUUACCUGCUUCGCACUUGGCGUUCUCAGCAUGUUCAUCAUUCCCAACGCUCUUUCUGACCGACCAGCCAAGAGCCCUGGUUUUGAUUGGAGUGGAUCCAUUGUUGGUGUGUGUGGUCUGGUCCUCGUCAAUAUCGCCUUUAACAACGCUCCUCUCUACGGCUGGAACAAACCACACGUCUACUUUAUCCUCAUCAUUGGCCUUUUAUGCCUAGGGGCUUUUGGAUGGGUUGAAAAGCGAGCCGUCAACCCGCUCCUCCCCAUGCAUGCGUUGAAUAGCACUGUUGGCUUCGUCCUCGCCUGCGUUGGCGUGGGCUGGGGUGCCUUUGGUGUCUGGGUCUUCUACAGCUGGCGAUUUCUCACCCUCGUUCGCCACGCCACGCCCCUUUCCAUAUCCGCACAAUACGCUCCAUGCAUGAUCAGCGGUCUGAUCGCCUCCGGAAUGACUGGAUUCCUCAUGACGCACACACCCGUCAGCUUCGUGAUGAUGACCUCUAUGGUAGCCUUUUGCAUCGGCAUUGUCAUCGCAGGCACCCAACCCGCCCAGCAGACAUACUGGGCGCAGAUGUUCGUCAGCAUCAUCGUCAUGCCAUUCGGAAUGGAUAUGUCCUUCCCAGCGGCCUCAAUUAUCCUCUCGAACCAUAUGCCUCGCGAGCACCAAGGCUUGGCCAUGUCUCUCGUCAACACCGUCGUCAACUACUCGAUCUCCGUCGCCCUCGGUAUCGCAGGCACCGUCGAAGUGUACGGCAACAAAGACCCUGCGAACGUCGAGCAUGGCAUCCGGCUAGCAUACUACACCGCCAUAGGCCUGAGCGGUCUCGGAGUCCUCCUUGGCGCUGCAUUCUUCGCGAAGAGCUUGCUGAAGGAAGGCUGGAAAGUUAUGGAGCACUGA